AUGGCAGGUGCUCCAGCUCCUCCUCCUCCACCGCCUCCACCAGCAUUAGGUGGUAGUGCUCCUAAACCGGCAAAAUCUGUGAUGCAGGGCCGUGACGCCCUGUUAGGUGACAUUAGAAAGGGAAUGAAACUAAAGAAAGCUGAGACCAAUGAUAGAAGUGCCCCAAUCGUGGGAGGUGGUGUCGUUUCAUCGGCCUCAGGAAGUUCUGGUACCGUCAGUAGUAAAGGACCCUCUAUGUCAGCUCCUCCAAUCCCUGGGAUGGGCGCUCCGCAGUUGGGCGAUAUUUUAGCUGGAGGUAUACCGAAGUUAAAACAUAUCAAUAACAAUGCAAGCACUAAACCCUCUCCAUCGGCGAGCGCACCGCCAAUUCCGGGCGCGGUGCCAUCUGUUGCGGCUCCCCCCAUUCCUAAUGCACCAUUAUCACCAGCACCCGCUGUUCCUAGUAUUCCCUCGUCUUCUGCACCUCCAAUUCCUGAUAUUCCAUCUUCUGCGGCCCCUCCUAUUCCCAUUGUACCAUCAUCUCCAGCACCACCGCUUCCAUUAUCAGGUGCCUCUGCUCCAAAGGUACCGCAAAAUAGACCGCAUAUGCCUUCAGUAAGGCCAGCACACAGAAGCCACCAAAGAAAAAGCUCUAAUAUUUCUCUUCCUAGUGUGUCAGCACCCCCUUUGCCUUCAGCGUCUCUGCCAACACAUGUUAGCAACCCUCCACAAGCUCCACCCCCUCCCCCAACUCCAACAAUUGGCCUGGACUCAAAAAACAUUAAACCUACAGAUAACGCAGUCUCACCACCAUCUUCUGAAGUUCCUGCAGGCGGGUUGCCAUUUUUGGCAGAAAUUAAUGCCAGGAGGUCUGAACGAGGAGCCGUCGAGGGCGUUUCUUCCACAAAGAUUCAAACCGAAAAUCAUAAAUCUCCUUCACAACCACCACUUCCAUCAUCUGCUCCGCCCAUUCCUACAUCACAUGCUCCGCCAUUACCGCCUACUGCACCACCUCCACCAUCGUUACCAAAUGUGACCUCUGCACCUAAAAAAGCAACUUCAGCUCCAGCUCCGCCUCCACCACCACUACCAGCAGCCAUGAGCUCUGCGUCGACUAACAGCGUAAAAGCAACCCCGGUUCCCCCAACUUUAGCACCACCGUUACCAAAUACUACAUCAGUUCCUCCUAACAAAGCAUCGUCAAUGCCCGCGCCACCACCUCCUCCUCCCCCACCACCUGGUGCUUUUUCAACAUCCUCUGCCUUGUCAGCAUCAUCUAUUCCUUUAGCACCACUACCACCUCCUCCUCCUCCUUCGGUUGCAACGUCAGUACCAUCGGCUCCUCCUCCUCCUCCAACACUCACGACAAACAAACCCUCAGCGUCCAGUAAGCAAUCCAAAAUAUCUUCAUCCAGUUCUUCCUCGGCCGUAACACCUGGGGGACCCUUACCAUUUCUUGCUGAGAUCCAAAAGAAGAGAGAUGAUAGAUUCGUGGUUGGUGGUGAUACUGGAUACACUACCCAAGAUAAACAAGAGGAUGUAAUAGGUUCAUCUAAGGAUGAUAACGUAAGACCUUCUCCUAUUUCUCCAUCUAUAAACCCGCCUAAACAGAGUAGCCAAAAUGGUAUGUCGUUUCUGGAUGAAAUUGAAUCCAAAUUACAUAAGCAAACAUCAUCGAAUGCUUUUAACGCACCACCCCCCCAUACGGAUGCUAUGGCGCCUCCUUUGCCUCCUAGUGCACCUCCUCCUCCUAUAACAUCGCUACCGACUCCAACUGCAUCAGGUGAUGACCACACCAAUGAUAAGAGUGAGACUGUGUUAGGGAUGAAAAAAGCAAAGGCCCCUGCACUGCCUGGACACGUUCCACCUCCACCAGUUCCACCAGUUUUAUCAGAUGAUAGCAAGAAUAAUGUCCCCGCCGCUUCUUUAUUACACGAUGUUCUUCCCUCCUCGAAUCUCGAAAAACCUCCUUCUCCUCCUGUUGCAGCUGCUCCGCCAUUGCCAACAUUUAGUGCACCAAGUCUGCCUCAGCAAUCCGUGUCUACAUCAAUACCAUCACCUCCUCCUGUUGCGCCUACACUUUCCGUUCGUACCGAAACUGAAUCAAUUUCGAAGAACCCCACUAAGUCGCCACCCCCACCACCAAGUCCAUCUACGAUGGAUACCGGUACCUCUAAUAGCCCCAGUAAAAACCUUAAACAACGGUUAUUUUCUACAGGUGGAUCGACGCUGCAACACAAGCAUAAUACGCAUACAAAUCAACCAGAUGUUGAUGUAGGUAGGUAUACGAUAGGGGGAUCGAAUUCUAUCGUUGGGGCCAAAUCUGGAAAUGAAAGAAUUGUUAUAGAUGAUUCAAGAUUUAAAUGGACUAAUGUGUCACAAAUGCCUAAGCCACGUCCCUUUCAAAAUAAAACAAAACUGUAUCCAAGUGGAAAGGGUAGUAGUGUGCCAUUGGACUUAACAUUAUUUACGUGA